CAUAUCUUUGUAGGCGAUAGUUUGGCUUGGAAACAAAGGUGAUUCAAACAAGUUAUUGGUUUAAGGUCGGCCCUACCCCUGAGACGCUUAGUGAGAGAGAGUGUGGGUUUGGUUUCCGUGCGUGUGACAGAUCGUAGGCCGCCGUUUGCGCGGAGAUACAGUAGUGGGUUGGUGCGCUGCGCUGUCACGGUUCUGGGAACACAGGAUAUUCUCUGUUUGCUCUAAUGUUUGUAUACGCCCUGGUCGCAGGUUGCCGUCUCCAAGCACAGUGAAGGUGGGAUCAAGCGUAAUAGUGUAGUUUGUGAAGACCGCAGAGCACAUGGGACAAUCUUCAGCAGCUACAGGUACUCCGAGAUACACGGCAGCUCGCGUCAACAAAACAGGUACCUCGGAAUGGCUCGACAGACUCUGUUAAUGAUUUAGAGACUGUUCAACACAGAUUGGAAUGGCUGCCUCCUGUACAUGUGUAUCUGGCACUAUCUGGACACAGAUUAGUCCUCCCCAAUUCUCGUAAGGCUUUGGAGGGCGUGUGGCCAAAACCUGCAAGUACCUUGGAUCUGCAAGACAACAAACAAAACAACUGGUAUCACAUCGUGCAUGCACAGAGCAAAUAACGACGAGCUUUGGGUGACGGAAAGGGCACAGUGACUAACAACAACACUACCUAGCCUUCUAAACAGCCAGAGAGAAUGUUCUGUUUCAAGACUUUUGAAUGGAGGGGACUUAGAGAUAUUGACGACGUCUAAGACAACAGGUGCUCCGUCGCACACUUCUUAAAAGCCAGGUCAACCUUGCAGAACAGUGCACUCGGUUAAACAUGGUGGCAGGAUGGAAGGUGGCAGUGUACGUGGUGUUACCGCUCAUGCUGCUCUGCAUAGCCAUCGCCUUGCUCUGUAUCUACUUAAAAAGGCGGAGACUUCGGCAAUACACAUCCAUGAAGAAGGCCCGGGGCCCGGUGACCAUCUCCCCCAGCCGGACGUCCAUCAAGUCUCACCAGAGUUCGUCCGAGUCGUCAGGAACACCGCUGGCGGAGGAAUUCUGGGUACCGGUCCUCAAGCCAGGGGGAGGAGAAGCAGGAAGUGCUGUGGAGCUGGUGGGGAGCCAGGUCCAGCCCUUCAGCAGGCGGCGCCCCUCCAUGUCCGCACGGCUGGAGAACUCCAGCUUCGACCCAAACUCAGAGAUGUACAAACGGCUGGAGAUGAUGAAGACCAAAGAGCCUACCAUAGAGUACGCAGGAGAGCUUCACUUCGCACUGCACUACAACAAAGACAUGGGCAUCCUCACCAUUCGUCUGAUUCAAGCACGUGACCUCCAGCCGCGAGAGUUCAGUGGCACGGCCGACCCCUACUUCAAAAUCUCGGUCCUGCCAGACGAGCCCAGAACCUUGCAGUCCAAAAUACACAGGAAGACUUUAGACCCGGAAUUUGAGGAGAAAUUCGCUUUUGAAAUUCCGCCUACAGACCUGCCUAAUAGAACGAUACGAUUUCUGCUGUUUGACUAUGACCAGUUCUCGCGAGACGAGUGCGUGGGCCAGGUGCUGCUACCGCUGGAAAACGUGGACUUGAGCGAACGCGUGGAGCUGUGGAAAAUGAUCGAGUCUUACAAGAUCAGGACGCCAGAGAAGAAGCCUGACCUCGGUGACCUCCUGAUGACGGCGUCCUACCUCCCCACGGCGGAGAGACUCACCAUCGUCAUCCUGAAGGCACGGGGGCUCGAGAACACGCCGCACAACAAGAGACCAGAUCCUUACGUUAAAGUGUCGAUUCUCUACGCCGGGAAGCGGUUGAAAAAGAAGAAAACCUCCACCAGACAUUCUACCACUAACCCUGUCUACAACGAGGCCCUGGUGUUCGAUGUUGGGCGGGAGUUCAUGGAUCACGUGUACAUCGAGCUGGUCAUAGUUCACGAGAACAGGUUCGGGCAGAACCAGGGGAUGGGGAAGGUGGUGCUGAGCGCGGAGUCCGAGGGGGAGGAGCUGGAGCAUUGGAAGAGCCUUGCUGCAUCUCGCAAAGGAACCGCACGGUGGCACUGUUUACAACCGCUUCAACCGGACUGAUCGAUAAUGUGCAACCUGCUUUUUUAAGAACCAUAAUCAUUUCCCAAACACAAGUAUAUCAUUGUUCUUAUUGUGUCAAAAUUGUAACUUAGUUUUUCUGAUUGCUCGUGUCUCAUGUUACUAUAUAACAUUGGAGAAGCUCUCACGCAUGGGAGCAUAUUUGAUAGAACAAGAAAACGUUUCCACGGUAAACCUCCUCUACUCUUGUCUUAAACUCUCUGUGAAACACUUCUGAAGUUAUCACGUGUUAAUUGUGUCCCAACAGCGUAGAUGUACUUGCAUAUCCUAUGCAGUUUGAGCUACAAGCAUAAUUUUAAUUCUUUUUUUUAAAUCAUAUUUUGCUGUAUUGGUAACUUCAUCAAGUUCUAUUCAAGUUGGUGAAAACAAAACCAUUGCGUAAAAUUUCAACUGCUUUUGAAUAUUUUCUCAAUAUAAACAUAUAUGUGUGGCCCUCAGGUUUGCA